AUGGCUCCUCGUCUCGUGCGCCAGCGUCCACUCGCGGAGCGCAUCCGCUCCUACCUGAACCCAUGGGACUUUUUGCUUUGGUUGUCUGAGGAAAUCGAUGGCAAUGACUGGGAUCAGAUGGAGAAAGAUUGGGGGUUGACUAUCGGAAUUUUCCUCAACCUCAUAUUCCUCUUGGCGCGGGCAAAUAGCCGAUCGAGUGGAAGCAAAGCCAUUGACGAUGUGUUUGGAGACGAUGAAGGAACUCAUUAUCUGGGCUGGUUUGCAUCCCUCACUGUUCUAACACUAGCCAUAUCGAGUGUCGCCAAUGCAGUCUACACCUUUGGUCGCAAAAAGCGUUAUCGAAUGUUUGAAGCGCCCAUCGAACAAGAUCUUGCUUCAUCUUCGGCACAUCGUGUGCGCGUCGAUUCGAGCCCGAUGACUGCGUCCCCUCUACAGUAUCUAGCCAACGCUAUAUCUGCGGCAUCUGCCCAGUCAAGGGCGCACCCCGACGCUGAGCGAGAUGUAUGGGAAGUUGCGAUGUGGGACCCGCUCCCAAUCUGCGUCCGUCUCUUCUCUUUGUUUAGCCCGGGUCAUGUCUUGGUCUACUGGCUGUUCCUACCUACUCAGGUGUCCGACCCUCGACCCAGUGUGACGAUCUUGACGACAAUUCUUCUUACUACCCUACUCUCCGUGCAAAUGUCUUUUAUUGGAUCAUCUUACGUUCAGCAAGCAAAAGACUCAAACUUGGUGCAUAAAGAGGUUCUGAGGGAAUAUGAUACCAAAUACGUGCACCCUCGGACUCAGCCUUUGAUGAGAGACGUUGGCACCCAGUUCUCAGCGGGUGAUUCCAACCAACCAGGCUCACAUACCACAAACCAGGUCGACGUAUACACGCCUACAAUCAUUCUUAACCAUGGCUUCCAAACUAGCCCCAAUCCAAGCUAUGUUCGCCACGUCGAUCCCGAAGGGCUUACUCCCAUUCGCCCGACGCGGAACUCUACUCCUAGCCAGACUUCUAUAUUCCAAGUCAAACCAUCGUUGCAAACUCCUAUUAUUCAACGAGAUGCUUCUCCCCUGGUGAGGACUGCGGGAAAUAGCAUUCGACAGCCACAGUUCCGACCAAGCUCAACAACCAGAGGUGACGGGGGUAAUCUUGGAGUGUAUUCUCAUGCCAACUCCCCCCUCAGGAAAUCUGCUUCAACGGCAUUUGAGCGUCGAACUCAAAACAAUGGCGAAUUUUUCUACAGAGAACGAGAGAGCGCAUUAAAGAGACCUUCCAGUCCUCUCAAGAGAAGCAGUCUAGCAGUUGGAAGCCCAGCACCAGGCACCCCUUCAGCAAGUAAGCCCAGCGCUCGUCGUGAAAUGGGUCGAUAUUAG